CUGGCUUGUAUUAUUACUGGGCUUGCUUGGGGAGUAACCUGCUAAUACUGAUCGAGUUUACUCUACAUAAAUAAUACUGUAAUACACUUCAUUUCUUUCUCCCAGUGGCCGGCAAUGGGGGAAGCACAACUUCAGUCCCCUGCAAAUUCCUUACAUGGGAAAUCAUCUUCUAACUCUUUCGAAUUUUGUGUGCUCCGAAAAUCCGAUCUUUUGUCAGCAGAUCAGCUCUUCUCCCAUGGCGUCCUGCUCCCCCUCUACUGCCCUGCUUCCGAACACACACAAACCCGAGCACAGCAGCUGCAGUUGGAACCCGAACCCGACCACUCAAAGCAGCAGCCGGCGUUGGAAUUCGAAUCGGCUGCGGUCGUUGGUUCCUCCACCACUGCUUCCAAGCGGUGGAGGAACAUUUUCAAGAGAGUGGGACAAAAUACGGGUCAGAAAGUGGUGAGCAGGGACAAGAAAGGCGGCGGCUUCUUUGGAGCCCAUACAUCGGAAAGGGUGCUGAACAUCAACAUUUGGCCUUUUAGAAGAAGUAAUUCCGCCGGCAAUGGCGCCUGCGCUCCGGCGCCCGGGACGGCUUCCCCAAAAGUGAGUAGCGCGCCGUGCUCUCCCACCGACUUCAAGUUGAAAAAAGUGCCGACCCCAAAGAAGGCCUGGCCGCCCCGCCGGAGCACAGACUGUAGGACGAAAUCGGGUGCGGGUUGUAACAAGGAUGUAGGAUAUAAGAGGUGGGGGAAAGUCUCGCCCGCCGCCGGAGAUGGUUGCGGUGGCGACUGGUAUAAUAAAGCCAGAGUGUUGACCAUGAAGGCUUCAGACUCCCCGGGUAGUGGAGGUGGAGUCUCCGGUGAAGGGAAACGUUCUAAUCUCGGGACCUUAUUUUCCAAACAAAUUAUAUGAGGAUUGAUUCUCUAAUGUGUUCUUUUUUACGUUUAGUAAUAUUGAAAUUGAUUGAAUCUGAAUUCAGAAAAAAAUUACUCCUUAAGUUCUCUACUCUUCUCUUUAGACUUUGGCACAAGUUUUAAGAGAAAAAAAUGAAAUUGGCGUAGUAAAUUAUGCACGAAGUUGUUUUUAAAUAAAAAAGUACGAAAAAGAAUGUUUUUGAAGGAAAUUCUAUGUAGUGUGAUGUCGUGUAUAUAGAAUAUGUAUUAGGAUCAUUCUAUGUAAAUUAUGUAUUAUGGGCUCAUUGGCUCGUCUCUAUAAAUCCUAAUAUCUCCCUUAUUUAUAGAGCAUUUGGUAAUGAAAUUCCACGAACCAUUCUCCC